GCCGGGGCGCCGGCCCGGGCAUCGCAGCGCCGGCCACGAGCGGGCGGGCGGCCGCGCUCCCGUCCGCCUCUCCCGCCCCGCCUUUGUGGCGAGUUCCCGGCCCCUUCCUCCCCGCCCCCAGCGGCCCGCUCCCGCUCCUUUCUUCCUGCCUCGCCUUCCUGCGGCGCGGAGCCUCAUCCAUUAUAAAUGCGCGGCCGCAGCUGACAUCAGCGCCAGCGCGGCGGGCGCCCACGAGCGAGCGUUCUCGCGCGCAGCCCGCCGGCCCGGAGCGGCCCAGCCCGAGCGCGGGACCCCGGCCGCCGCCCCCGCACGCGCCAGCCCGGCCGACUUCCUGCAUGACGGUCACCAAGAUGUCCUGGCGACCGCAGUACCGCAGCUCCAAGUUCCGGAAUGUCUAUGGCAAGGUGGCCAACCGGGAGCACUGCUUUGACGGGGUCCCCAUCACCAAGAACGUGCAUGACAACCACUUCUGCGCCGUCAACGCCCGCUUCCUGGCCAUCGUCACAGAGAGUGCCGGAGGAGGCUCCUUCCUUGUCAUCCCCCUGGAGCAGACAGGCAGGAUCGAACCCAACUACCCCAAGGUGUGCGGCCACCAGGGCAAUGUGUUGGACAUCAAGUGGAACCCUUUCAUCGACAACAUCAUCGCCUCAUGCUCAGAGGACACAUCGGUACGGAUCUGGGAGAUCCCCGAAGGGGGGCUGAAGCGGAACAUGACAGAGGCGCUGCUGCAGCUGCACGGCCACAGCCGGCGGGUGGGGCUGGUCGAGUGGCACCCCACAACCAACAACAUCCUCUUCAGUGCCGGCUAUGACUAUAAGGUCCUCAUCUGGAACCUGGAUGUGGGCGAGCCCGUGAAGAUGAUUGACUGCCACACAGAUGUCAUCCUCUGCAUGUCCUUCAACACGGAUGGCAGCCUGCUCACCACCACGUGCAAGGACAAAAAACUUCGUGUGAUUGAGCCCCGCUCUGGCCGUGUUCUGCAGGAGGCGAACUGCAAAAACCACAGGGUGAACCGGGUGGUGUUCCUGGGCAACAUGAAGCGGCUCCUCACCACUGGGGUCUCCAGGUGGAACACGAGACAGAUCGCUCUCUGGGACCAGGAGGAUCUGUCCAUGCCACUGAUUGAGGAGGAGAUUGACGGGCUGUCCGGCCUCCUGUUCCCUUUCUAUGAUGCUGACACUCACAUGCUCUACCUGGCUGGAAAGGGUGACGGGAACAUCCGGUACUAUGAGAUCAGCACGGAAAAGCCCUACCUGAGUUACCUCAUGGAGUUCCGCUCCCCAGCCCCACAGAAAGGCCUAGGAGUCAUGCCCAAACACGGACUGGAUGUGUCAGCCUGCGAGGUGUUCCGCUUCUACAAGCUAGUGACUCUCAAGGGCCUGAUCGAGCCUAUCUCUAUGAUUGUGCCUCGGAGGUCGGAUUCCUACCAGGAAGACAUAUACCCCAUGACGCCAGGCACGGAGCCAGCCCUGACCCCGGAUGAGUGGCUGGGUGGCAUCAACCGAGACCCCGUGCUGAUGUCCCUGAAGGAAGGCUACAAGAGGUCCUCCAAAGUAGUGUUCAAAGCUCCCAUCAGAGAAAAGAAGAGUGUCGUGGUCAACGGCAUAGAUUUAUUAGAAAACGUCCCACCCAGGACAGAGAACGAGCUCCUCCGGAUGUUCUUCCGGCAGCAGGACGAGAUCCGGCGGUUGAAGGAGGAACUGGCACAGAAGGACAUCCGCAUUCGGCAGCUCCAGCUGGAACUGAAAAACUUGUGCAACAGCCCCAAGAACUGUUAGCCUCCGAGCUGCUCUCCAAGUGGAUCCCUCCGUGGUUUCUACUCCGUCCCUCAACAUCCCCUUAUCCAGCAGCCCUGGAGACAGAGCCAGGACUUUUGGAGCUGGUCGCCAGCCCGAGGACCCCACCUUCCACCUCAAGAACUGGAAGCUGACCCUUGACCUCCUGACCUCCUUGAGCUGCCGCUAAUCCUAGUCCCCACCCUCUCACGGAGGACCCCACCCACACCCCUUUCCCAGGACCACGUACUCCACAAGGGGUACCCACCACAGACCAGGGACAGAGCGGGAUGCGGGAUCCCAGCUCAAUUUAGGACUUGAACUUUUCCCUGCCAAGGGGCUGCCGGACAUGUGGGCAGCUCCCAGCUUCAGGUCCCUGCUGGACCUGUGGUGUGGGGCUGGAUCACGGGUCAGGGUCCCCCCACCCCCACCCCAAGACUGUGCCCCAACAGUCUUGGAAGUCUGGCUCACCUUUCCGUCUCUCCCUGUGGCAGCCUUUGUCUUCAGGGAACAAAGAGGACGCUCUCUUAAGGCCAUAACCACCCUUGCCUUCCCAUGACUCUCGUUAAAGCUCUUGCACACCUUUUCCCACUGGACCCGCGAGCUGGGAAGGGUAGGGAUUCACGUCCCCAUUUGUCAAACCACACAACUGAGGGUUGCAAUGGGGAGCAAUGUACUAAGUCACCCAGCAGGUCAACUGUGGGCCCGGGGUGUCCAGACCCCAAGGCCAGACCACCUCCCCUGCAUCCAGAUGCCAGUCCCCACAGGCUUCCCCAGGAUGAGAGCUGAAGCAGACUCUACCAUCAGUCGAUACCAGUAGUGCCAAUGUGCCACACUGCCCCGUUGAGGGCACCUGGUGGCCCUGGACCCUCCUGGCCUGCACCCCUGGCUCCACCCCCAGGGGACUCCAUCUGAGAUGUGGCCUCUUCCUCUGGAAACCAAGGCUGAGAAGGGUAGAGCAUGGCCCUCGGCUUGCAGAACAGGGUCUGAUGGCUUCUGGGGACCCACAUGUGUCUCCCCGCCAUACUCUCAGCCACUUUCAGCCUUACGCACAUGGAAUGACCACAGCCACCCUCAUCGGACAGCAUUUUAAACUUUACUCAGUUCUUUGACCCCUUGGAUGUCACCAAGCCUCACCUCUACCCCAUCGUGCAGCCGAGGACACAGAAGAGGCCCCAGGGUGCACGGCGCAGGAGGGUGCCGAGUUUCAUCUGGUCAUCUGCACCUUUUCAUUUCUUUGCUCCUCUUUUUCUCUUUGCAUUUCUCGACAUCCAUGCUGAAACCUAAAGCACUGUUCUCAGAAAAGUCUCAGUGUGGGGGAAUCUGGGGACUUAGAAAUGGGUGUUGCCCUGUCUCUCACUGGCUGGAAACUGCUGGACAGGGGACACUCCAUGCCUGCCCUUCCCAUGGACUCCUGCAGGAGUCCUGUUCACAGAGACCCCUGGGGAGCGGGAAGGAGCCCCCCCCCGCCGCCAUCCUGGCCAGAGCACAGGGUCUCCUUGCCCUCCUGCAAUAGGUGGUGCCAGCUCUCAUUGCCUCCCCCCACUCCCAGAGCUUUAUUUUUUCUUUCCCACUGACCUUUGUGGUCUUCUGUGAUUAUUUAUGCUGCCUCCUAAGGAUAGAAUUGAAAUAAAAUGUUUUCAAGUUAUUGCA